CCGCGACUCUGCAUGAAGGCGACUUCUCCAUGAAGUUCGACCUCCUUGAAUCACGAUUGAUAAACUGAUCUCAGUACCAGACGAUGACACGCCAAAAAUCUACCCCCCAACCUCUCGGUGUCGCUAGAGAUGAUUCAGACGAUGAAUUGGGCGUUGAGGACCACCCCUGGGAAUGGGUCUACCAGCCGCGAUGUGACCGGACCGAGUCGGCGCGAAAGAGGAAAAGGGACGACGCGUCGCAGUUGAGCAUAAUGGGUGCGCGCAUGGGGACCUUCGAAUGCUACAUUGGCGACUGCGUGCUUCUCAAGGCUGAAGGGUCUCAUGAAGCUUGGGUGGGCCUAAUCAUGGACUUCUUUGAGGAUGACGAGGAUGGUGACAAGGCGGCCAACUUCCUGUGGUUUUCGACAGAGAAGGAGAUUAGGAACAAGGAAAGGAAGAGGUCGGACUUCCAAUGGAACGAACUAUACAUCACCCCUUCGACCGACGUCAACCCCCUAGCCUCCAUCAAUGGCAAGGCCUUCAUCAUGUCUCCCGAAAAGUUUGCACAGAAGUACCCCGGCGGCAAGAUCCCACGAAACUCUCCCGGUCACAACAAGACCUUCGUAUGUCGUCGGGGCUGCAAUUUGAGAACUACGAGUUACACUGAAGAGUUCGUGUGGGAAGACAUGUAUAAUGGGAGAGAAGAAGACGUACUAGCACUGUUGGAGUUUGUUGAGAAAAAGACCAAGUCCACGAGAAGGAAACGCAAAGUUGAGCCAGCCCUCGAGACGGAUUUCGUCGAGGGCGAUGAUGAGGUGGAUGUAGAUGACGAAUGUCAAGUCCAGCGAAGAGGAGGACAACAUGAAGCAGUUACGCCGAGGAAGAGACAAAAGACCACAAAGAUUGUGACUCCGUCCAAUCGCAAAGUCGUGCUGAAGAAGGCCUUGGAAUUUACUCCCUUGGCCACUCGGACUUUAUCUCCAGCUCACCACCGGAAUUCGCCAUUCCAGCUAGCCAGGGCACAGCUUCACGUCGCAUCAGUCCCAACAUGCCUUCCCUGCCGCGAAUCAGAAUUCUCUUUGGUAUACUCCCAUCUGGAGGCAGCCAUCACCGAUGGAUCCGGCGCCUGUAUCUACAUCUCCGGUACCCCAGGCACCGGCAAAACCGCCACCGUACGUGAGGUCGUGUCCAGACUAGACGACGCUGUCCGGUCCGACGAGCUAGAUGACUUUAUCUUCGUCGAAAUCAAUGGCAUGAAGAUCACAGACCCGCACCAAUCCUACUCGCUCCUCUGGGAAGCCCUGCGCGGACAGCGCGUGAGCCCAAGCCAGGCCCUCGAUCUGUUGGAGCGCGAGUUCAACAAUCCGAGCCCGCGGCGCGUGCCCUGCGUCGUGCUCAUGGAUGAGCUUGACCAGCUCGUCACCAAGAACCAGAGCGUCAUGUAUAAUUUUUUCAACUGGCCCGGACUACGGCACUCGCGGCUUAUUGUACUUGCGGUUGCUAACACGAUGGACCUUCCUGAGAGAACGCUUAGCAACAAGAUUAGUAGUCGGUUGGGGUUGACGCGCGUCACCUUUCCUGGAUACGAUCACCAGCAGUUGAUGAAGAUCAUCCAGUCGCGGCUUGAGGGCGUGCCAGGGAAUAUCGUCGAGCCUGACGCUGUACAAUUCGCGAGCCGCAAAGUCGCUGCUGUGAGUGGGGAUGCGAGACGAGCGCUCGACAUCUGUAGACGGGCUGUGGAGCUAGCUGAGGCGGAAGCGAUUGAACUGGAGGGAGCAGACCCGGGAACGCCAAGUAAGAAGAAGAAAGCUGCAGAGCUCGAGGGCAAAAAGAAGAGUUCCAAGGGGCGGGUCACCAUUGCGACAGUACAGCGAGCCAUCAAUGAGGCAACGACAAGUCCGCUGCAGCAAUACCUACGCGCCCUACCCUUCGCAUCCAAACUAGUCCUAGCCUCUCUCCUCGUCAGAAUCCAGCGCACAGGCUUACCAGACAGCACAGUCGGCGACGUGCAAGAGGAGAUGCGGCGGGCCAUGGUUCUGGACUCGAGCAGUAAGCGGAUGAGGCUUCUCGCGAAACGGCCUUGUCCGGACGCGGACUCGACCGUGGCAAGGAGGCAUCGCGACAUGAAGGGCAUGCCGCGAGCGGCUGGGAUGAGUGCGGCGGCCGUAGACCUCACGGGCGCGGGCAUCAUUAUUUUGGAGGGUCAGCGGCCCGAACGGCCCAGUAAGAUACGACUAGCUGUGGGCGAUGAGGAGGUCAAGUUGGCUUUUCGGGAUGACCCUGAGAUCAGGGCUUUGGGUAUAGCAUUCUAGGUGAUUAUUUAUGUACACAAUACAAACACGUGGUGGCUCCCGUUGCAGACAAACUGAGCCUGGCAUUUGGACACCAU